AUGAGGUUUGCUGUCGUAGGCGCGGUGGCGUUGCUGCUCGUCGGCGGAUGCACCGCCGACAACUGCUUCUUCGUGGAGGGGGAGGUGUACUGCGACACGUGCCGCGCUGGGUUCGUGACGAACGUCACCACCCCGAUCCAGGGCGCCAAGGUGCGGCUCGAGUGCCGCCACUUCAUGACCGCCGCCGGCACCGUCGAGAGGUCCGCCGAGAACGUCACCGACGCCGCCGGCAACUACAAGAUCGAGCUCAAGGACAACCGCGGCAGCGAGGAGGUGUGCGCCGUGAGGCUCCUCAGCAGCCCCGUGCCUGGGUGCACGGAGAUCGACAAGGGCCGCGACAGCGCCCCCGUGACGCUUGUCGACGCCGGGCUCGCCACCAAGGUGCGACGGGCCAGCGCGCUCGGGUUCCUCAAGGCGGAGCCGCUCCCCAACUGCGGAAAGAUCCUAAGCGACCUCGCGCUCGGCUCCGGACCUAGCUACUGA